AUGUCAGUCCUUGAUCCUAACCUGCAUAUGCGGCUAGAGGAUGGGUGCAUCAGAAUAACCCUCUCUGCUCGUGCUCGCUCGGAGCUGGCAUGGUCACUACCUCAAGGGUUCGGCAAGGGUCCUGGGGUCUCGCCACUUCAUUUGCUCCUUCUCGACAAGGCAGAUUCAUGUGGCAUCAUCAUGGCAGCCUUUCCGUCACUUCCGUACUGCCGCGGUACUACCAAUCUCACUCAUCAGGGAACUAUAUACCACUUCCAUCGGCUUCCAGAGCAACAAGCAAUAUACAGAUGUAACGUGAGACUUGUUCAUUCGGCCAUAAUAGCACCUACUGUCGGUAUACCUGUAUCGUGCGUCCCGCUCAGCCAACCAGUCUACCUCGUCGCGCGGGGAUACCAAUCAUUGCACACAGCCCAAGCCGGUUCUUCGGUGACCCACCACGAGCUCGUGCCCGCCAAUGCGAACAAAGCCGCAGCAUCAUCACAAGCUUGCCCACUCACUGUUCAAGCCCGCCAGUGA